AUGUACGCGUCCAAGUCAGCCGUCGGUUCAGCAUUGCUGUUCUCUUUGGCUUCUGCCAUGCCAAAUCUUCGUCCUAGACAGACAGAUUCUGCCCUCGAGCCUUGGGUGACCGUUAACGAAGACGGCAAGCCAAGUACUGUUACGCCCGUUCUUAGCACCAUCAGCGGAACUCCUACCGUUAUAUCGGGCGCUCCUCAUGAUUUGACCGCAACUGUCUUUACCGAGACCAACUACGGGAAGGUUUCAACGAGCACCGGGACCGCUCCGAUUCCUACUGCAACCGGUGGUUCAGCUGGAGCUGGCUCGUUCCCCGUUUGCCACAAUAAGGAUGGUGACCAUGCUCCGUGGUGUCAACCGACCCAGGAGACACCAUUAUAUGUUGGUACAACAUACUACUUUACAUGGGACACAUCGUACUUCUCCGUUCCAAACACGACAAUUUUAGUCCAGGGUAAUUAUCUCAACGAGACAACAGGUGAAAUCACCGACCAAGCUUUCGAGUCGCCUAAGUGGUCCGCAUCUUGGGGUUUCUGGAGCUACAAGAUUGAAAGCAGUCUAUUGAAACACCAGUCCGGCAAGAAUAUCACGCUGCAGCUUGCCACUUUAACCGCGCAAGGCAAUUCCAGUGAUAUUAUCCCGGGUCCUACUAUCCUAGUUACGGACCACCCUGGACCUCAGCCGGAAACCGGCAAGACGCCCGAUAUGCGCGCAUUAGUAAUUGCCCUACCAACUGUGCUCGGUUUCGUUGCUCUGUGUCUUGUCGGAACUUGUCUAUGGCACAGAAGGGAUCGCCAGAUUGGCCUUGGAAACAUCAUGUCUCGCAGCAGAAAUGGAUAUGGUGUUGGCAAGAGCUCGCGAUCCCGGAUGGGCCUCGGCAAGAAGAAUAAGGCCAACGAGCGUAUUCAAUUGAUGCAGCGGGAGGUCGAGGCCGAUGGUGGCGAGGUCUACCAUGACGAGCCUGACCGCCCGCGACGGGAUUCGGAUGCCCUAGGUAGCCUAGCCGGGACACCAACUGAAGAACGGCGUAUGGAUUUCCGGGAGCAGCAAGACCGAAACAUGUUCCGAGAGGAAUUAAGAAGACAGAAUGAGAGACCGUAG